AUGGAGUACAAACCCCAGAAGAAGGCCUUCUUCAAGCUGAAGGACUGCAUCGAGCUGUUCACCACCAAGGAGAAGCUGGGCGCCGAGGACCCCUGCCGCUACAUGAGGGACAAGCUGGACUCGCUGGUCGACUUCCCGCUCAGAGAUCUGGACAUGUCGGAGUUCCUCAUCAACCCGAACGCCGGGCCCUGCCUCUAUGACCUCAUCGCCGUGUCCAAUCACUACGGAGGGAUGGGGGGAGGCCACUGUAAGAGGCUCCGCCCCCAGGGGCGAUCCAGAUACACGGCGUACGCCAAGAACAAAGACGACGGGAAAUGGUUCAACUACGACGACAGCAGCGUGUCCCCGGCCAGCGAGGAGCAGAUCGUGGGCACCGGCUACUUCGCUCUGGACCGCGAGGAAGAGGAGGAAGAGGAGGGAGAGGAAGAGGAAGAGGAGGAGGAGGGGGAGGAGGAGAGGAAGAGCGACUCGCCGCCCGCCGUCGCCCAUAGCGACGAGGAGGACCCGAACGAGAACCGGCGCCGAAAGAACGACAACGAGGAAGAGGAGGAGGAGGAGGAAGAGGAGGAAGAGGAAGAGGAAGAGGAGGUACUCAGCCGGGACGUUACCAUGAAAACCAACUGA